AUGAAGGGGUCCAUCCUGGAGAAAUAUGUGCACAAUGCACUACAGUUCGUCUUUCCAAAGAAUUGUUUCGAAGAGUUAAUUAUCAACUUCAAUGUUUUUCAUCCAACCUGCCCAAAGGUAGUGUUAAGUCGUGUGCUCGGGCUUGGAAUUACUGCCGGAUCGAUUCUUCUUUUCGUACCUCAGAUUAUUAAGAUUUUCAAUGCAAAGAAUGCUAAGGGCAUCUCUCUGUUGUCACAGCUUCUUGCUCUUGUUGCCGCUGCUGGUACCGCCUCGUAUAGCUUUAACAAAGGAUUUGUAUUUAGUCAAUGGGGUGAUUCGUUUUUCGUUGCUGUUCAACUUAUGAUCAUUGUCAUGCAGAUUCUCUACUAUUCGGACGCUAGUGCUUAUGCUUUUGCAUUUUUUGCAUUUUGUUGGGCAUUUGUUUUCGCUGUCAUUGGAAACUAUCUACCUUCUGAGUUCCUCACACUUAUCCAGGCACUUGGUAUUCCUAUUGCUGUUGCUUCGAAGACAAUCCAAGCAUGGCAAAAUUACAAAGAUCAAAGCACUGGACAGUUGUCGCUUGUUUCUGUUUCUUUGCAGUUGGCUGGAACUAUCGCUAGAGUGUUCACUUCGGUUCAAGACACUGGUGACAAUCUGCUGAUCUUUUCAUUUGCAAUUGCUGCCGUCCUGAAUGCUGUGCUCUUCGUACAGUUCUUCCUGUACUGGAACGAGGCUAAACGCAAGAAGAUCCGUUAA